AUGCGAGCGCUUGGAGACCCGCCGCCGCCCUGCCCGGCGUCAACCACUGUCAGCAACUGCCGUCUGCUCGGCAGCGCCGCCGACGCAUGCGACUACCGUGGCAACGUGAGCAUCACCAAGAGCGGGCUGACCUGUCAGCUGUGGAGCGAGCAUGUGCCGCACAAUCACACGCACGUGACAGAGGAGGUGUACCCUGCGGCUGGAAUCGAGGAGCACAACUUUUGCCGCAACCCAGACCGCAGUGAGCCCACGGCGUGGUGCUACACCACCGACCCCGAUGACUGCGACAUCCCCCUCUGCAGGGAGGAGGGCUCGGCGGCGUUGGUAUCGCCCUCACCGUCGCCCGAUUCCUCGCUUGCGCCGCUGCCCGAUGCAUCACCGUCGCCGCUGCCCAGCCCUCUGCCAACGGCGUCGAUGCACUGCGAUGACCUGGGCUCCGAGGCGGAAUGCGCCGCCUCCGACCCCACGCUGCACUGCGAGUGGCAUGAGGACGAGGUCGCGUGCCUGCAUCACGAGGAGCACUGCGAAGAGCUCGGCACCGAGAGCGACUGCGCCACGGCGGCCAACCUUCAUUGUGAGUGGGAUGCGGCGCCCUGUCCCACGAGCAUCAGCCCCGCCGCCACUUGCGCGACCUUCGCCGCCAUCCAGUCGUGCGGGAUGACCCACGCCAAUCUCGGCUGCAACUGCACCGGCUGCUGCAUCGCGGACCCGGCGCCUCCGCCACUCCCGCCGCUCCCGCCGUCGCCUGCGGCGCCGCCACCUCCGCCGCCGCCGUCGGCUCCGCCGCCCUCUCCUCCCACGCCCCCGCCACCCUCGACGCCGCCCUCACCGCCGGCGCCACCGCCGGCACCGCCCUCCUCGCCGCCGUCUGGCCUGGGCAUCAUCGCCGAUGGGAUCGGGCAGGUGGUGGCCGGCGGCGAGGAGUUUGUGAGGGAGCAUCCGGCCGAGUCUGGUGGCGUCAUCGGUUUCCUCGUGUUGAUGCUCGUCGCCAUCGCGGGCUGCUGCCUCUGGCGGCGGCACAAGAGCAAGGCAGCAAAGCAGGCUGACCUAAGGCAGAGAGAGUUCCGCUUCGACCAGGAGCUCGCAUCCUCGCAGGCGACGCAAACAGCGGCGGGCCCCGCCUACGCCUGA